GUUUCCUCGUUCUUGUCGCGACGACGUCUGCCGGUUGCAGCCCUGGUCUCUCUUUUUUUAUGCAGGCACACCCAUAAAGAACAAUGCUUACUCUCUUGGUGUCGAAUGUCCCAAAAUGUUCUCUUUUUUUGCCUCAGUGCCGUUUUCUUCGCCACUUACAUCGCCCUGGCUUGCUGCGAGAGCGUGCGUCGCAAGUACCCCGGCAACUUCAUCGCCCUCGGUGUCUUUACUGUGGCUCUCUCCUACAUGGCCGGCACGCUGUCCGCAAUGUACACCAUCAACUCCGUCCUCGUGUGUUUACUCAUCACCUGCGCAGUCUGCCUCUCCGUCACAAUCGCGGCCAUCUGCUGCCCCUGUGACAUCACCAAGUGCCAGGCAGUGAUCGCCUUCCUGAGCAUCCUCCUCUUCAUCUUCGGCAUCGCCGUCAUGAUCACCUACUUGGUCGCUGGGUACAACGAGUAUCUAGCCUUCGAUACGCAGAUGAUCAUGGGCGGGCGCAAGUACGAGCUCUCACCGGAGGAGUACAUCUAUGGCGCACUGCAGCUCUACGUCGACAUCGUCAACCUCUUCAUGAUUUUCCUCUCACUCUUCGGUGUGGCGAGCAGCGACUAA